GUGGAACCUGACUUAGGUUGCUUGCCUCGUUCCGCUUGAUUUAUCCUAUCUUUCUUCUUCCCAUAGUCAUGCGGUCUGAGUUUAUGGAAGAAUUGCUUCGGCGCAUUAUGGUUUAUUACUACUACCACUACUACCGGUGAUAAUAAUCUACGUGAUUGAUUUGCAGACUGUCCAUCCCUUUUAUGAUAAUAGGAGGUUUGGGCUUAUCGUCAUGGCGCGCGUUCCGGUCAUUGGACGGCUGUUUUGGUUCGAAUAUUUGGCUCUGUUUGGGUCGUUGAUUCUGGUGUUGCUGGAAUGGGUUAUACAUAUUAUCACGUUUUGUCUGCCUGAAUCUAUCAUUAGGUUCUGUUACGAUCGAUCCAAGAAUAUCUUCAACGCUUUUAUUCCUCCAGAUGACCCGGCCAAACGCGGCAAGGAAGAGAAGGUUGCUGCGUCGGUUGCUCUGGCGUCGGACUUCACGGAUAUAUGCGCGCUGUUUGGAUAUGAAGCAGAGGAACAUAUUGUCCAGACAGGGGAUGGCUAUCUGCUUGGUCUGCACAGACUGCCCUAUCGGAAGGGCGAGGAGGGAAGGAAAGUCAACCAGGGUGAAGGGAGCAUCAGGAAGAAAGUCGUCUAUCUCCACCAUGGUCUCAUGAUGUGCAGUGAAGUCUGGGUCUGUCUUUCGGAGGAGCAGCGAUGUCUUCCGUUUCAAUUGGUCGAAAGGGGCUAUGACGUGUGGUUGGGGAAUAACAGAGGAAACAAGUACUCGAAGAAGUCCGUCAAACAUUCUCCCCUGUCGAACGAGUUCUGGGACUUUUCGAUCGAUCAGUUCUCGUUCCAUGAUAUCCCAGACAGCAUCAAGUAUAUUUUGGAAGUGACAGGGCAGCCCUCCCUGUCAUACGUGGGAUUCUCGCAGGGAACGGCGCAGGCAUUUGCGACGUUGUCCAUUCAUCCUCUGUUGAACCAGAAGAUCGAUGUCUUUGUGGCUCUGGCGCCGGCAAUGGCCCCAACAGGCCUCCCCAAUCAUCUCGUAGAUUCGCUCAUGAAAGCUUCGCCGAACUUCCUGUUUCUGCUGUUUGGCAGACGCAGCAUCCUUAGCUCGACGACGAUGUGGCAGACGAUUCUCUACCCACCUAUCUUUGUUCGGAUCAUUGACACGUCACUUCGCGGCCUGUUCAAUUGGAGGUGCAAGAACAUCAGCCGCUGGCAGAAGCUGGCAGGGUACCUGCAUCUGUUUUCCUUCACUAGCACCAAGUCGGUCGUCCAUUGGUUCCAGAUUAUUCGACACCGGAAUUUCCAGUUCUACGAUGACGAAAUCCAUGCCCCGCUCAGUAUUGUUGCGAGUGAGCGAUUUUACAAGCCGGUCAAGUACCCGACUAAGAACAUCAAGACGCCUAUUGUCCUGUUGUAUGGCGGUAGCGAUAGUCUCGUUGAUAUCAACGUGAUGUUGUCCGAGCUUCCCCGCGGGACCGUGGCGAAGGAAAUCCCGCAGUAUGAGCAUUUAGACUUCUUGUGGGCGCGUGAUGUGGACCAAUUGGUAUUCAGCCAUGUCUUCGAAGCGCUGGAGCGGUACAGUCCCGAGAAUCAGAAAGGGACAUUAAUGGAGAAGGUUAAUGGUGCGGCAGGCACAUAUGUACCAACAUGAAGUACGAGGGUCUGCACCAAUGAAGACACGCAUAAUCUAGAGGGAGAUGCAUACCCACCAUCGCCAAGUUUGACAGCUUGCGUGU